GCUGUCGCUGACUUCACGCGCUACUCAGCGCUUCUUUCUAAUGUCAUUCAUUUGUUGUUGGAAUCAUUAGCACAUGCUACCACGAUAGUACCGUUUAAUUCAUUCAAAUGAAGGCGAUUUAUCUCUUUUAAGGUUUAGCCAGGAGCCCUGAAGAGAAGAGAUGGCACACAUUACAAUUAACCAAUAUUUGCAACAGGUGUUGGAGGCUAUCGACACACGUGAUGGGACCUUCUGUGCAGAGCUUCUCUCUUUCAAACACCCACAUGUGGCCAACCCCAGACUUCAGCUUUUAAGUCCGGAGGAGAAAUGUCAACAGGUCCUUGAGGUUCCUUAUGACGAGAUGGUCGCUGCUCACUUGAGGUGCAUAUAUGCAGUGUCUAAUCAUGACUUUGUGGAGGCGUACAAAUGCCAGACUGUGGUUGUACAAUCAUUCCUGAAGGCUUUCCAGGCUCACAAAGAAGAAAACUGGGCAUUGCCAAUGAUGUUUGCUGUAACUUUGGACUUGAGGAUAUUCGCCAACAAUGCGGAGCAACAGCUGAUGAAGAAGGGCAAGGGGAGGCUGGGGGACAUGCUGGAGAAGGCGGCCGAGCAACUCAUGAGCUGCUUCAGAGUCUGCGCCAGCGACAACCGUGCCGGUAUCGACGACUCCAAGAAGUGGGGGAUGCUGUUCCUAAUCAACCAACUUUUCAAGAUCUACUUCAAGAUCAGCAAGCUACAUUUGUGCAAGCCACUUAUCAGGGCGAUCGACAGCUCCAACCUUAAAGACGAGUACAGCAUGGCCCAGAGGAUCACCUACAAGUAUUACGUUGGCAGAAAGGCCAUGUUUGACAGCGACUUCAAACUAGCUGAGACAUAUUUGUCGUUUGCAUUUGAACACUGCCAUCGCUCCUGCCAGAGGAACAAGAGGUUGAUCCUCAUCUACCUCCUCCCAGUCAAGAUGCUCCUGGGACACAUGCCCACUCAUUCACUUCUGCAGAAGUAUGAUCUUAUGCAGUUCACAGACAUCACCAAAGCUGUCAGCGAGGGAAACCUGUUGCUGCUGAACGAGGCGCUGACCAAACAUGAGACCUUCUUCAUCCGCUGCGGAAUCUUCCUCAUCCUCGAGAAGCUCAAGAUCAUCACCUACAGAAACCUCUUCAAGAAAGUAUAUCACCUGCUGAGAACCCACCAGUUGCCCCUGGAUGCCUUCCUGGUGGCCCUGAAGAUGAUGCAGGUGGAGGAGGUGGAUAUUGACGAGGUGCAGUGCAUCCUGGCCAACCUCAUCUACAUGGGUCACAUUAAAGGCUACAUCUCCCACCAACAUCAGAAGCUUGUCGUGAGCAAACAAAACCCCUUCCCUGCUCUGUCCACUGUGUCUUGAAGAGGUAAAUUCAACGCCCCACCCCACCAUACAUCCUACAACCAUAGACCAUGGAGCCCCUUUGCCCAGAAGCACUCUUUCAGGACCUUAGUUACCGGUAUGCCCUUUUGUAAGACUUUGACCAUGUGCUAUUUUUAUGAUUGUGACAAAAAAAAUAAAAUUACACCUUUUUUGUUAAAUGCC